AUGCCCAGCUCUGCUGUCCUCGACGCCGCCGCCGGCCGCAGCAGCGCGUCGACCAUCGCCGCCGACAUGGAGACCGGCUCGCACGAGCUCACCGUCAGAGGGUACUCCGGCACCAAGGGGCGCGGCGUCGGCAAGUGCAUCACGUCCGCACCACCGUUCCAGGCCGGAGGACACCGGUGGCGCAUCCAGUACUACCCCGACGGCUACGACGAGGAGAGCGCCGAUUGGGUAUCCCUGUUUCUCCUGCUCGUCGUCGAUCAUGGAGCCAGGAGCAAUGGCAGCAACGGCAACGUCGAGGCAGUAUUCAGGUUCAGUUUGCUGGACCGGACGGGACAAGCCGUACCAUCGUACACCCUGACUAGCAAGAAGCAAGACUUCUCCACCCCCAAAUCGCACUCGUGGGGUUGGCCCAAGUUCAUCAAACGCAAGAAAUUGGAGGAGUCACCUCACUUCGAAGACGACACCUUCCGUGUCAGCUGCCACGUCACCUUCCACAAGAUCCGCACGGAGGAAUCACCUGCGCACUUCCUUCCAGCGCCUCCGACGGACCUGCACCGGCACCUUGGCGACCUCCUCGACAGCAAGGUGGGAGCGGACGUGAAGCUCAGGGUCGGGAGGGAGACCUUCACAGCGCACCGGAGCAUCCUUGCCGCCCGGUCGCCGGUGUUCAGGGCGGAGCUCUUCGGCUGGAUGAAGGAGCAGAGGGCCGCACAGGUCCGGAUCGACGACAUGGAGCCAAGGGUGUUUGCGGCCAUGCUCCGCUUCAUGUACACCGACUCUUUGCCCGAGAUAGAUGAAGGUGACAGAAGGGUGAUGGCCCAGCAUCUUCUCGUUGCGGCGGACCGGUACCGCAUGGAGAGGCUGAAGAUGAUCUGCGAGGACAUGCUGCACAACUUAAUCGACACCGGCACUGCGGCGACUACUUUGGCACUGGCUGAGCAGCACGGUUGCCAUCGUCUCAAGGAACGAUGCAUCAACUUCCUUAAGUAUCCUGGCAAUGCAAUGGCGGUCAUGGCGACAGAUGGCUUUGACCAUUUAAUGAGUAGUUGUCCCUCUCUUAUCAAGGACCUUCUGGCCAAGGUUUCUCCUUGA